AAUGUCUGAACUUGAGAACCUCUAAUUAGAUUUAGAAGAAGUUUAAUAAGUAUUAGGAACAUUAAAACGUAAAGGCAAUAUUGAAUAUUUGAACAAUAGAAUCAAAUAUUUAGAAAACUCUAUAAAAAUAUUAACUCCAUAAAAAGUUGAGUAACCUGAAAAAUAACAUGAAUAAAAUUCUAAAGAUUAAGAUUCUCUUUAAUAUUAAGGAAUAACCAAAUAUGCUUGGGACUAAGAGGGGAAUAAAAUCAAAAUAAUAAUAAGUAUGGAUGGAAUUGGAUAAUUACCUAAAGAGAAUAUAAUUAGUUCAUUUUCUACUCAUAGUGUUGAUGUUAAGAUUUUGAAUUACAAAGGAAUUAAUUAGAGGUAUGUAUUAUAUACUAUUUUAGAUUUGGCAUUAAGAAGACUUUUGAUGAUUUGAAAGAUCGAGAAUGUUCUAUCAAAACUACUAAUAACUCAUUAAUCAUUAAUUUGAUCAAAAAAGAGAAUAAACAUUGGGAUCAAUUGGCAUAUAAAGAAAAAUUGGUAUGUAAAACAAUUUAUUAUAGAUAAACACUGAUUCAUCAAAAGUAGAUAAAGAGGAUCCACAAGCUUCAUUAAUGAAUAUGAUGAAAGAGAUGUAUUAAAAUGGAGAUGAUGAAAUGAAGAGAACAAUUGCUUAGGCUUGGAGUAAAUCAUAACAAGAAAAAGGAUUUAAAUGAGAGU